AUGUCGGCCAGCAAGGCUGCACAGGAUCCGGCAACACUUCUGCUCAAUGGCUUGCCCCCACGUACACAGCUGAUUCUGGACGCUCACUCAGAAGCGUACGUAACCAACGAGCAAUUUGCUGGCAUUAAGGAGCUCCCGGCUGGCUGGCACUGCGUUUCGUGGAGCAUCCCUGCGCUCACUUCAUCUUCUGACCAAGCAGACGCGACUGAACCUUCAAGUACCUCGACACGUAAUGUUUUACUUCGCUGGUUCGACGCGGACGAGGUAGCAGUUCGAGAACUCGACCGCGUCCAACAGCGUCUAGUCGCAUCGCUAGACUCGGGGAUUGGGCGGUCAAGGCGUCGCCAUGUCACUCGAACCGUCGACCCAUCCAGCAGCGGGUCCAUCCCAACAAUCGUAUCCCCAGACGUACUCGCCAGCGUCGAACCGCGCUUGCUGCCGUAUCCGUCUGCAGCUCAGGAUCCGUGGGGAAGCGCAACCCGUCAUCUCAGUCAAAACGGCGGUCACGUUGGUCGACAGGUGGUAGCCAAAGUCCUCGGCGUGGAGAGCACGAGCGGCGACUCGAUUACAGACAGCUUCGCGACUGGACCGAGCAGCUCCAUUGAUGAAAAGGAGAAAGCAUCGCUGCAGCGAUCCGGCAAUUUGGGUCGGAACGAGAAGGGCAAAGUUAUCUGGGGAAAGUCGAGACCUGCACCCGAGCCGUUUGAGGUCGCAAUUGAUGGCGAAGCGGAUCAUUCGACUGAGGACAAGGGCAGAAAGCGUACAACAGCGGCAGACUCCAACAAUAACGACGACGAUGAUGACGAGCUUCUUUAUUUUACGUCGUUCGAUCUGAGACGAAGCUGGCCGCCAAACUCGGUGGGGUCGGAAAUCACGCGGUGGAGUCAAGACAAGAGUUGGCUGCUCCAAGAUGUAGCACGCCGAUGUUUCGUCGGGAUCAUCGAUCCGAGCAAGGAGGAAUGGUACCUGCCACUACUGUGCGAGCUCGAGCUGGCGUUCAUCCUCUUCGUCACCGCCAACAACGUGUACGCUUUCGAGCAGUGGAAGGACCUCGUGGCGCUCUUCUGUCGCUCUGCUCAACUUAUCGGAGCUCAGUCAGGGUUCCAGCCGCAUCCCUCUACGACUUCUCCACUUGUCUCCGCAGAGCACGCUCAGCCCGACUUGGAUUCGCACGUCGCCUUCCUCCACACUCUUCGGUCACAGCUGUCUCUACUUACACCAGACUUUUGGUCCUCGCAGUCUUCGCCACACGAAGAAUCGCAUGUGCUCACACAGCUCGAUGUGCUACGCGCAAGCAUCGCUCGCUCGCUAUCCUCCACUGCAGCCACCAGCCCACAGCGGUCGCCACGAGGUGGAGGAGCCGAACACCUCAUAAAAGCUUGGAGAUCCCUCAGCCAUUUCACCACCGUCAGGUUCGGCUGGCACCUCGACCAAAGGCUCGACGAGGAAGCUGAAGUUCAAGGCGAUCUCGAAGCGGAGCAAGGCGAAGAUGCACCUGUAGUUGUAGAUCUCUGA